UAUCAAUGUUCUAACUGUGUUCCAAUUGGAAGCUGGAAAUCCAGUGGCUAAUUGCUAUGCUAGGUGACCAGGCUAACACUAAACUCGUGGAUUGGCUCCCACCUCAAGCUCUUUGAAAAUGYCUGAAAAUUAGCUCAUUUAAUUAACUCUACCACCUCUGAUAUCAAAAGCAUUCAAAUUUCUAAUCAGGAUUGUACUCGACGUUUCUAAUGCACAGCGGAAUAGACUUGUAGCCUGAUGCUAAUGCUAGCAUGCUGAACUGUUCUCACCUCAACUCCUCCAAAUAUACAUUUUGUCACUAUGACCUAGCAGCUCAUCUCUGUCUCAUGCGACCAUGUUUAUUUUCUCCAGAAGAGACUUGGCUUGUUCAUGCGAGGCGAUGCAAAWUCCUGUUGGAGUAGAAGGUGCUUCUUUCUCGGUCGGCACUUUUUCAUUCCAUGCUGUGUGUUAGACUCACUUCACUGCUGACUGGAGUUUGGGAGAGACGGUUCAGCUUAAACUCAACUGAGUGACUCKGUGAUUCCAAACAUCCUCAACCAUUUUAAACUUUUGGGUCAAAGGGAGUUAACCAAACACUUUAGAUUAACUUCUGUCAAGAAAAGACGUCCAACAUCCUGUCAGAGUUCUGCCAGCACCUUGCUCAAGAAACUGGAAGCACGUGGUUGAGGUGCAACUURAAGUCGCUGGGUGGCAUCUUCACCUUUGUGCAACCACAAAUGAAUAUGAGAUCCAGACCAACAAUGUCUUUGAGUAAACUUCGGAGCGGAGCUGUAAAUUUCUUUUCACCACACCUCUGUCUCUCCGGGGUUAUUACAGUUAACUAAAUGAACAAAACAUCGAAAACUGACAUUAAGGAAACAUUGUUGUUAACUUAAAUAAAUAAAAAUGGUAAUUAUAAUGGAGAACCUCACUAGAUUAUAUCAUCCAUUUAUAAAACUAACUAAAACAUACUGAAAUUCUAGAAAUAAUACACUUCAUUCUUGUGUUUAUCAAUCUAUUUUUUUUCCCCAUGCAAGCAUCCUAUGUCAGCUGUCGACAAAUGACGGCUCUCCGGACUUUUAUGCUAGUCUGUAAAACGGCGACGGCAAAAGAAAAGUUGGGAUAAAACACCAGUCAGAUGGUUGUUCGAYAAGAAUUGAAUCCAUUUUUUGAUAAUCUUGUCUUUUGUUCAGCAUUCAUUAUCCAAUCGCUAUAAACAUAUCACAAUACAAUAMUUUGACCCUUUUGAAUUCUCCACCUAAAACGUAACCUCCAAACUAAACUGAAACUAAGCAACGUUUAGCUAAUAACAACUAGCAAACGCUGUAAAAUCUCAUUGAAGCUAACUGAAUUAGACAAACAAAAAGUCACAAUGAAAUAAAACUCAACUAUAAUGAAAAAUCCAAAACCAUUACAUCUCUCUCYCUCUCUUUCUCUCUCUGUCUAUCUUGUAAUUUCACAAGCUGUGUUUCCCACCCCACCUUGUCUCCACCUGCCAGCCCAUCCCACAGAGCAAACUGAACUGUGACGCAGUUAGUGCUGUGGCUGAGUGAAAACGUCUUGAUCAAACACAGUGAAGAAAGAUUGUUACAUCCUUCASGACUGAUGUGAAUCUAACAGUCAAACAAACCAGUAGCUACAGUUGCAUCAUGUGUCAUUUUCCCCUCCUUCUCUUCAUGCAGGGUGCAAUAUUCCUCUUUUUYGCCGGCAGAACGGAGGAGAUUAAAGGAAACAUCGAUGAGGCGGUGGCGCUGUUCGAAGACGGCUGUAAGGCCCAGCAGACGUGGAAGCAGUUCCACCACAUGUGCUACUGGGAGUUGAUGUGGUGCUUCACCUUCAAGCGCGCCUGGAAGAUGGCCUACUUCUACGCAGACCUGCUGAGCCAGGAGAGCCGCUGGUCCAAGGCCAUGUAUGUGUACAUGAAAGCUGCUUACCUCAGCAUGCUGCCGGAGGAAGAGGCGCGGCCUUUUGGAGAGAACGAGRUGGAGCUCUUCAGACAAGUAUCAACCCUCAAGCAGAAGAUAGCAGGAAAGUCUCCUCCGACUGAAAAGUUUGCGAUCCGUAAAGCCCGACGCUACAAGUCUUCCAACCCGGUCAGGCUGCCGGCGCCGGUUCUGGAGAUGAUGUACAUGUGGAAYGGCUUCAGCAUGAUCAGCAAGCGGCCAGAGCUGACCGAAGGGAUGAUGCAGACUCUGGUGGAGGCAGAGCGCACUCUGCUGGAAUCUACCGAGCACGACUACCUGAUGGACGACCGCUGCUUGAUCCACAUGCUGAAGGGUUUGUGCUUUAAGAACCAGGGGAUCCUGCAGGCUGCUGAGGAAUGCUUCACCAAGGUCUGCUCCAGUGAAAAGAAGAUUAAGUUUGACCACUACCUGGUGCCCAACGCUCUGGUGGAGCUCAGUCUGCUUUACAUCGACCAAGGCAGGAGAGACGCGGCUAUCAAGAUACUCCAUAAAGCCAAGCACAACUACAAGGACUACUCCAUGGAGUCCAGGACCCUGUUCAGGAUCCACGCUGCUCUGGCCAAACUCAAGGCGGACCCUGAGGAGGAAGACAGCCAGAUGUGACGGAAAUGACCAGACUGCUCGUCACGGACCGUUCUAACCCGUAGUUUAUUUACAGCAAACUCGACUUUUAAAUUCAGCAGACAUUCGGGUUCCACUCACGAAGGUGUUUUUUUUUUUGUGCCGUCACUGUGAUUUAAAGAGGAGCGCUGCUCAGACUGACAGCAGCAAAGAUGGGAUUUUCACUACCUGCCACAGGCGAACACACACCUGAGUGUACAUAUGCAAGUUAUUUUAUUUAACGCAGGAGAUUUUACGGUUUAUAAUGACAAUGAAUCUUCACUAAUUGAACUUAUUUUAGAAGAGUCAAACACAUUGUAAGAUUUAUUCAAACAUAUAGUUGUGCUGUGUUCCUUCCUGAAGAGAAGGGAAGAAUCAGUGGGGAACAUCCGCUUCUGUAAGCUGUAGUAGGUACCAUUAAAGUGACGACGUGUCAUUUUUAAUAGUG